AUGAGUAGCACGGAGGCGGUGGCUGUCGAGCAACGGCAACAAGAUGACGGGGGUAGCGAAUUCAUCGCACUCCAACCUCUCCCAUCUCGUUUGGACCGCCAAUCAAGCCGAACCUGCAUCGCACGAAGCACAAACAACGACAAGCUCAACCUCUACCCCAAUCCUUCGAACCUACUUGAACAGCAGCAAUCUCAACCGCGAGAUACCCCGCCUACCAACGAUGCUGACGCCAACGAAACAGAAUCAACUUUCGGCAACACUCCCUCCACCGGACCCUCGGACCUCGAUCUCCGAGGCACACUUCUCCUCGCGAUCCAACACGCCUCUUCCUCCUGGGGCUAUCGCUCCGCAGAAUUUGCAUACCCGCUUUUCAUGAUCCAGUUAUUCACAAACACUCUCCUCCCCGCCUCCAUCUACGGCUUCGUCACAACCGCCGGUGCCAUCCUCUUGUCCAAUAACGUCGGUCGCAUCGUCGACACCUACUCCCACACCAAACUUCGUACCCUCCGGGCCAUGAUUCUCUCUCAGAAACUUCUCGUUGGCUUUUCCUACGCCCUCUUUUUUAUCCUCUUCUCCUCCUCCACCCUGCGUACUCAAGCUCAGAAUGGGGGAAAGGGGCCGGAGGAAGUAAAAGCAAACGUGAAACCCUGGUCGAUUUUUGCAGCGAUAACGGUGCUGGGGAUAGGUGUGAUACUGAGCAAUAUCGGUGUGAGUGUAGGGGUGGAGAGGGAAUGGGUAACGAUCAUAAGUGAUGGCAGUUCGGCGAGAUUGACUCGGUUGAAUGCGAUAAUGAGGAGGAUUGAUUUGAUUUCCAAGUUGGUCAGUCCCUUGUUUGUUUCGGCGUUGACGAGUGGGGCUGGGUAUAGAUGGGCCGGAGUGGUGCUGUUGGGGGUGAAUGCGGUGACGGGGGUGUUUGAGUUGGUGUUUGUGGGGAUUGUCUAUAGGCGUUUUCCUUCUCUAGCUGCUGAUGAGAGGGCUGCUAUUGCUAGAAAAGAAGCUAGGAACCCUUCUUCUUCGACGCCACAGCAGUCUCAGACUCGGGAGCAGAAGGAUAGGAUGGCUAGAGUGACGAAGAAAGUGGCAAGCUCGGUGCUGGGAGAUAUAGGACAGCAAUAUCAAGAUUGGAAACUCUUCAUCCGACUCCCCAUCUUUCUCACUUCACUUUGCAUCUCCCUUCUCUACAUGUCCGUCCUCUCCUUCGACCCAACUUUCAUCGCCUACCUCAAGUCGGAAACGCUAUACAGCGAUGCGUUUAUCGCAGGCAUGCGUGCAGUCGGCGUAGUAACCGGUCUCAUCGGCACCUUUAUCAUGCCUAUCCUCGAAAAGAAGAUCGGUCUCGUUCGCACCGGAUCUUACUCUCUCUUCGCAGAACUCAUCCCACUCAUCCCAGCAGUCGUCUCACUCUGGAUCACCGGCUCGCCCACCGACCGUUUCGGGUUGAGGGACAAACGUCGUCCGAGCUGGAACACCGGCUUGCUCUUCUCCGGUCUCGCACUCUCCCGCAUCGGCCUAUGGUCGUUUGAUUUGACGCAACUAGCAAUGAUUCAAACCGCUCUCUCGCCAGAGCAAUUAGGACCAAAUGCAGGAAGUAAGAAUGCGUUGAUGGCAUUGCAGUUCUCGCUGCAAAACGUGUUCGAUCUGGGUCAUUACGGACUAACGCUCGGGUGGAAUGGGCCGGAAGAGUUCAAAUACGCAGCAACAGUUUCGUUGGCGGCGGUAGGGGCAGCGACGUUGAUCUAUCUGGUGUUCUAUGCGAGAAGAGUUCGAGGUCACGUCGUUCAUCUGGAGGGAUUGCAGCGUUUGCUUAGUCGUAAAGAACGAUGA